AUGGAUUGGAUGCCGGCUGACCCGACAUUUUUACCGAAUGACUGGAGGAUUUUUGGGUACAAAGAAGAAGGUGCCCAAGAUGCCAGAGCCAUCCGGAAAUUACGGAAAGAUGAGAUCCCCGUAGUAGAGGCGUUAUCAACAGAUGAGAGUUGGGAAAGAUGGUUUGCUAACGCAAUUGGAGUAUCGCCUCUCGAUACAGAGAGGGAAGGGUUGCAUCUGUUAUUAUGCAGCAGAGCACCCGAAGUGUUCGAGGGAGAUCCCUCACCACCUAGCUAUUUACCUUUUACACUACCCAUAUGGGAGCUACUGGUGCCUAGUUGGCAUGUGCACAGAGGAAUCACUCGCGUGAUUUCCAGAAGGGUUGCUUGCUUCUCGGCAACGAAAUAUCUUAACGGCAACAACCAGUUUGAGUUUUCUUAUCUAGCACGGAUGUCAGCUGGUCUACCCGAUGAUCUUGCUUUGUCGACUACUUACAUACCGGCUACGAAAUCGCAGUUUUGCAUUGUAUAUGGGUGCAAUAAAUCGCAGAUGCAGAAAAUCCAACGACGCAUAUCAUUAGCGGGUGAUGGAUUACAUCAUCCACUGACUACCGUGGGAAUCUUUGCGGAGAUAGAAAGGGAGAGGCUUGUUAAUGCCGUGGACGAUUUGGUGGACCAGUUCUCUCUUCGUGCUGAAGUAUUGGACAUGAAGUACUGGAACACAGAUAUCCCCGUCGACAACCGAAAAACGAGGGAAAAUCUCGCAAUUUGCCUUCGGAGUCGCGAAUUGGCCGAUCAGAUACGGUCGACCAAGAGACAAGUCUCAAAAUUCAUAUCCGACGUUGAUCGUUUCAAUGAAUGGAUGAUUGGAACAAAUUCCGAGGGAACAAAUAAUGCCGUGGACUUUAAAGAGAGGAUGAAGCUCAGAGAGACCGGAGAAAGAAUAAAGGGGAGAUUGCAGGAUAUCCUUCAUGAGUACGACGAUAAAAUCGAUGAAUGCAAGAUGAUGUCCGAGAGCUUAUCGCUCAUUAUGCAGACACAAUGGAAUCAAAUUGCCCAGAAGGAUUCGACAACCAACACAAAAAUCGCAAGGGUCAACAAUAUGAUUGCAAUUGAAACCAAGACCGAGAGUAUCCAAAUGAAGUCAAUCGCUCUUCUGACAAUGAUAUACAUACCGCUCUCUUGUGUAGCCGUAUGA